AUAGUUUCUCGGGGCAACAGCAGAAGCCAACCGAGGGAUGUAAGCAUGGAGUUGCACGCAACGUGAAUGCGCUUGUCGCAGAGGUGUUGGCUUUGCGCCUCUCAUGAAUGCUGCCGAGCGCCCGCUGGAAGCUGCUCGUUGCUUGCAGGUCCUUCCGGACCGUUGUUCGGAGACUGCGUUGCCCUCACUCUGCACAAACUGGAAGGGUCCUGAAGUCUUGCGGUUUUCUUGGCCCAGGAGCACCUAGCCCUUUGUCUCGCAAGUUGGACAGACGGACAGACGGCGUAAGCAUGGCAGAGCCGCAGAUGAGGUGAGCCAUCGCAGCAGAGGGCAUCAGACAGCGGUCAGAUCGUUCAUGCUUUAUCCAUCGCGCCAAUGGCCCGACGCUGCCUUUUGCACUUUCAGCGGGGCCCGCGCUCCAUGUUCGAGAUUGCGCUUCCGAAACACGGACGACAAUGGGAAAGGGGACAGACCGGACAAACGCAAGCGACGCAGUAAAAGGGCUGCUACUCAGAGCACUUACGGGAAGCUUCAGCCGCCGCGGCCGCCGCAGCGGCAAGCCAAGCACACAGCGGCAAUUAUGAGCCCUUCACGAGGCCCGGGAAGCGGCCGCAUUGCAAAAACACUUGCUUUUCCACCAACUGCUUCCGCAUGCCGCAUGCAGCUUCCAGCAGCAACUCUGUGUUAGCGUUCCAUCGAAGAUCUCCAUUUCGCAGAUUCGAUACCUCGUCAAUUGAUCAAGGAGGCUGGAAGGCUUUCCGAGGGCGCAGGUCAGUGUGCUUAUUGCAGCACAGUGGCUGGCUCAGACUGAAGACAUUGGCAGCAAUCGCUGAGCUGCCGCCAUCCGUCGCGUGUUUUGUGUGCGAUCCCCGACGCUUCUGCCUAGAACACAGGUGAGCAGGCCAAGGCUAGGGAUGCGCAGUAGUAGCGGACAAGGCCCCAUGAGUAAAUCUGGAGAAGCUGGCAGGUGUCCCAACUGUGGAUUUCACCAAUGCAAAGAUGGGGCAUCAAGAACACGCCCUAGACUGGAUGACUAAGCAGCCGAGCAGCUGUUUGUAUCGCCCUGCCAUAAGACCCGCGAGCUUAAGCAGUACAAGCUGGCGCGCUGCAGUCCGUGUCGCUUUACAGCGCUGGACUUUGGUGUGACCUUAGCCUCUUAGACCUCUUGGAAACAAAUGUCUUUUCAAUCUAAGCUGAAAAAAGGUAGACCUUUUGCUGAAGUGCAUCCCAGCUCACACCUGCGCCCGUACAACUUAAGACUAGCGAUCGGGCUUAAUCGGUAUAAGCUGUUGCGCUGCAGCCAAAGACCGCCAAUGUUUGUGGACAUGCUUAUUUGUGAGCAGGGUUCAAUCCGGCACCCCCCAUCUUAGGAAACCUCCGCAUGACGUUUGUGUGCGACAGCUGAUUGGGCUCAAUUGUCGGACGUGCUGUCAGGCGGAAAAUGCCUAAAGCAACGUGACUGAAGGGAGCCUCCCCCACUGUAGUUUUGGAGAAGGUCCAGCUCCCAUUCGGAGGCCUGCUUGUUCUUCAACAAGCAAAUGGCUCUUCACCCACUAAGAUUUGUGGGCUUGGAGCAGCUCGGCCAGCCGCCGCGCAGCGCGACCGACGAGCUCGUCGUGCUCGGGCGAAAUGGUGUUUAAGGAGAAGCUGCACCAAGCUGAUCCAAGAAAACGACGUCGACCGAUCCUGCGCGCAAAGUGUUGCAACUUGGAUGGUCAGGUCGUGCGAUUUGCGACCGGCGAAGUUCGGGGCCACUGCGUGCUGUAAGUGCGGCUUGUGCGUGCGCCCUGAGUGAGCACAACUUGAGCUAAACUGCCAUUCGGUCAGUUUCUGUGCCCUUCUGAGGAGGUAUUCCACUGAGCAGGUCAUCAAACGUCAGCCAUUUCGAUUUGCGCAGCCGUCGGAGUGUGGGUCGGGGUGCUCGGCGUUCCCUGCCAUUUGUUGGGCCGCCUUGGGCGCUCUCUUUUCUCGGGAAGCAGAGUGCAAAGGUAUGCCGUGCCAUUUUCGACUAAGGAGCGGCUAUCAGGAGAGAGCCAAGGCUGACCUCCAGAAAAUGCUGGCUUUGGCAGGCGCGGUAUCAGAGCAAAGCCAGUGGAGACGGUUCAGUGGUGGAGUUCUCGAGGGCUUUUCUGAGAGGCCCUAAGAAGGCCAAUCCCUUGGCAGAAGCUCGCCCCCACUCAGAAGAUUUUGCAUAGCCUUUUCAGAAGGCUCUGGGUCCUUCUUAGAAGCGAUUUUUGCGUUCGCAGAAGCAUGUCGAAGGGCUUUCCACUCUGUGAAAGGAGCUGGGCAUACCGCAUUCUUACCACGGCCACAAGCAUCACGCCCGGGCAUGUGUUGCUUGAAACGGGGGAGGAUCCGUAUGACCCUCUACCAGUGGUUGACAUUAAACCGCUGCAAGGGAAGCCACCUACUUCUGGCAAAAGGAUGGAUUGAUGUUGAAUCCAGUGCAAAAGACAGAAUAGUGGCUGCUUCCUGGUUGAAGUUGAAUUGAACGGCGGAAAGGACAAAAACACGAAAAGCAGAGAACAUGCGCUGGAAACAUAAUCCAUGUUUCGUGUGGUUUUUGUGGCGUGGUCUCCCCCCUUUGACCGUUGCGGCGGUGAAUUUACAUCUUGUGUGUCCGAACAAUUUCCGCCAGCUUUGGGCGCUCCAAGUUCACAAGCAUGAGCUCCGCAAACUUAGCCACCGGGAGCUUGGAAUUGCUUUACAAACCUGCGAGCGGAUGGGGGCAUUGGAUCGAAGAUACCCCCCAAAAACUCUCAGAAACGUUGGACCUUCCAUGUGUCCUUUUUUCAGCCAUUGUUCCUUGGAUUUAGACAAAGGGUUGAGACAAAAACCUGGGCCACCCUGAAGGUACAUGUUUUAGCUCUUUCUGCGAAACCCAUCAGGCGAAACGGCACUUUUUGUCAUGAUUGUCGAAACGGCGAUUAUUUGCAGCGAAAAGGCGAUUGUUCGAUAUCCCUAAGAAGCGAAACGGUGAUUCUUCCCGGCGAAACGGCGAUUGCUGGCAGCGAUACGGCGAUUUUCCAGUUCUCACUCGCGCGGAGGUAUUAAGAUUUUUUAUGCUGCUGAGAGUAACGUGGUGAGUCUGCAGGUAGUCUUUCCAUGCUACGUGUUCGUGGCGGCGCAGAUGGCACAUGAGGCGCGUUACACAGAUCUGCUCUCAUUCCAAAGCCUAAGGCAUUGCCACGCCGCUUGUGCCGUGUCCUCUGGCUCACUGUCUUUUGCAUCCUUGUCAUCUUGCCGUCUCUGUGGCAUGUGACGGUGUUUCUGCUUCGGGCCCUGCUUGUGGCUUGUUUGGUUCAUCAUUUUCUUUUCGGUUCAGGGCGGAGAGUUUAGUCGAGGCCUCUUCGUGCAUGGGUCCUCACUUGCUCCGGCGCGAGAAUUGAGAUUGACCUUCACUUUGCCUGGCCGCGUGAAAUUUGCAGGGUGUCCCAUGUCGACUCUUGCCAAGUUGUUCAGAGAUCAGCCGGGCGAUCUGAAAUGAGCCGAGGGGAAUGGCAGCGUUAACAAAGAAUCCUUUGGAAGGCUUCCAAACGCCAGUCAGGGCGGUCCGAAUCGCCGGAAGCUUUGGCUUGAGCAUGUUCCGUAGCCCAAAGAGUGAAUGAAUCCACUCAAUGGCCCUUUGAUACCGAGCCCAAGAAAGGUGGGAGUGCCUUUAUCGCUCCUGAAAGGCAUUGCCCAAAAUCUGGCAAGCCCUUUUGCCCUGGAGCCGCGGAGGUGCCUCCGGAAGUGCCGGAAACGGCCUUGGAGGGAUAGGGCUGGACUUCGAUCCGUGGAUGCCUGAGUUCCGCGCUCGUUGCGUGUGUCACUCACGACCCACCUGACUGCUGCUAGAUGGACCGCCAGGAGCCUGUUAAGAUGGAGCUACAACUUGCUUCAGGCGGAGACUACUUGUUUUCUGUAGCAUUCAGCCAUUUCGGUAGGGUAAUCGCUGGACAUCAACAGAUGUGUCGACAAGUCUUGCAACUUUUGGCGCUGAUGGCGCAGCUGUGCCCACAGCAUGGGCAGUCCAAAGCCACCUCUUUUGAGUAUAGGCAACGGCACCACUUCGUCCCCGAUAGGCCUAGCUGCCUAGCUUUUAGACGACGGAGUCGGCCAACACGUUUGAACCUCCGACGCAGUCCGGCCGCAAGUGUAGCCCAUGCCCUUUGCCGCGAGUGACGGGCCUCUCGCGCUCGGAGCGCGUGGCUCUGUUCAAGUGAGGCAAGUUAAGUGCUGCUUGAAUUAAGUUUGGAUGACCGCAUACACUUCGAGCAAAUCAGACUUGGCCUGGCAAAGGCUUAAAGUGGUACUGGCCAACAUGAUUGUGGGACACUGAGCAUUAGAUUGCCGUUGUUUGCGACACGUUGGAGGAAUCCUCGUUCCCAGACUCAACGUGGAGUUGCUGGACCCCGUGCCAGCGGUGUGGCGAACGCCAUGCUGUCCGCAUAUGUCGGCUCUGUCCAAACUAUAGGUGUCUUGAUAGCGGUAUGUGGUCCAUGACAGUACCCAGCUCUCUUUGACGCAGCCAUUGGACAUGUGGCUUGAGGCAAAGCAAAGCAGGCGAGCCAGCGCCUUCUGAUUCUUCGGUAUAAAGCUUACGAAGCUUGUUGGGCGCUCAUGUGGUCGGGACACGUCACCCCCUCCCUGGAAGUUUCAUGUUCCCGUCGUCAAGCUAGGGGAUGCUUGCAGGGGAGUACUUGGGACUUGGAACAUGGGCAGAAGUCAUCGGGUUGUGCUGGUGAACUUG